AUGGAUAUCCGCCUGCUCCGCUCCAGCGACAUCCCGCUGAUCCAGCAUGCCAACCUCGAGAACCUGCCCGAGAACUACUUCAUGAAGUACUACCUGUACCACGCCCUGUCCUGGCCCCAGCUGUCCUUUGUCGCCGUCGACGUCAGCCGCCCCAAGAAGACCCCCUACGACUACCCCAAGAUCGUCGGCUAUGUCCUGGCCAAGAUGGAGGAGGAGCCCACCGACGGCGUCCAGCACGGCCACAUCACCAGCUUGUCCGUCAUGCGGACGCACCGCCGCUUGGGCAUUGCUGAGAAGCUGAUGAGGCAGAGUCAACUCGCCAUGGUCGAGACCUUUGGCGCCCACUACGUCUCGCUGCACGUGCGCGUCAGCAACAAGGCCGCCAUCCACCUGUACAGCGUGACGCUGGGCUUCGACCGCGAGAAGACCGAGGCCAAGUACUACGCCGACGGCGAGGACGCCUACUGCAUGAAGCUGGACCUGUCGGCCAUCCGCGACCAGAUCCAGGAGGCCCGCCAGGCCGGCCCGGACGCCGAGCCCGAGGACGAGGGCGAGCCCGUCGGCGACGUCGGCAAGGCCGGCGACGAGGGCAAGCAGGGCCAGGACCUCGCCGCCCGCCCCAAGGAGCAGAAGCGCAAGGUCAAGGUCGGCCGCGCCCUCGGCGUCGCCGGCCUGGUCGAGAAGGACGAGAGCAGCGCUGGCGGUGCCGCCAAGAACCCCUAG